AGGAAAUUCAGCUUAAUUUAUUACUCAUAAGCUUUGCAAUUUCCUAAUCCCAACAACAACAACAAAAAUUGAUAUAUACAUUGUACCUUUAUCCCAAUUAUUCAUCAAAACAUCACAUAUAGUUUGUUUUCCCUAACCAAUAUUACUUUGUUAAAAUAAAAAUGGAGUAUGUCAAUGGAAAUUGUAAUGGUACUCAUGAUGAUCAAGAUUUUUGCAUUAAGGCUCAACAACAACAACAAGAAGAUCCAUUGAAUUGGAACAUGUCAGCUGACGCGCUCAGGGGUAGCCACGUAGACGAGGUGAAGAAAAUGGUGGAGGAGUUUAGGAAGCCGGUGGUUAAAUUAGGAGGGGAGACCUUGACAGUAGCUCAAGUGGCCGCCAUAGCUGCACGAUCAGGAACAGAAGUGAUCGUGCAACUAUCAGAGGCGGCCAGAGCUGGUGUCAAGGCUAGUAGUGAUUGGGUGAUGGAAGGAAUGAGAAAUGGGACUGAUAGUUACGGUGUUACUACUGGUUUUGGUGCAACAUCACAUAGAAGGACCAAACAAGGUGCAGCCCUACAGAAAGAGCUAAUAAGGUUCUUGAAUGCUGGAAUCUUUGGCAAUGGGACGGAGUCUUGCCAUACACUGCCACACUCCACCACGAGGGCGGCCAUGCUAGUGAGGAUCAACACCCUACUUCAAGGCUACUCCGGCAUAAGGUUUGAGAUUUUGGAAGCUAUAACGAAAUUGUUGAACAACAACAUUACCCCGUGUUUGCCCCUACGUGGCACGAUCACAGCGUCUGGUGACUUGGUACCACUGUCCUACAUUGCCGGCCUUUUAACAGGCCGGCCCAACUCCAAGGCCACUGGGCCUAAGGGAGAAACGUUGGACGCUGUCAACGCGUUCCAACGGGCUGGUAUUGACACUGGAUUCUUUGAGCUACAGCCCAAAGAAGGAUUAGCUUUAGUGAAUGGCACUGCUGUAGGCUCUGGCUUGGCUUCAAUGGUUCUUUUUGAGGCUAAUAUUCUUGCUAUACUUUCUGAAGUUUUAUCAGCAAUUUUUGCUGAAGUUAUGCAAGGAAAGCCUGAAUUUACAGACCAUUUGACACAUAAAUUGAAACAUCACCCUGGCCAAAUUGAAGCUGCAGCUAUAAUGGAACACAUUUUGGAUGGAAGUUCAUAUGUGAAAGAAGCCAAGAAAAUCCAUGAAAUGGACCCUUUACAAAAGCCUAAACAAGAUCGUUAUGCGCUUAGGACAUCUCCACAAUGGUUAGGCCCGCAAAUAGAGGUGAUUCGAUCAUCAACUAAGAUGAUUGAGAGAGAGAUUAACUCUGUUAAUGACAACCCUUUGAUUGAUGUAUCAAGAAACAAGGCAUUACAUGGUGGGAAUUUCCAAGGGACACCAAUAGGUGUGUCGAUGGACAACACUAGGCUAGCACUUGCCUCAAUUGGCAAACUCAUAUUUGCACAAUUCUCUGAGCUAGUAAAUGACUAUUACAACAAUGGGUUGCCUUCUAAUCUCACCGGGGGACGGAAUCCUAGCUUGGAUUAUGGUUUCAAAGGUGCUGAAAUCGCUAUGGCCUCGUACUGUUCUGAACUCCAAUUUCUCGCGAAUCCAGUCACUAACCAUGUACAAAGUGCUGAACAACACAAUCAAGAUGUCAACUCACUAGGCCUAAUCUCAUCAAGAAAGACAGAGGAGGCAGUUGACAUAUUGAAACUCAUGUCAUCCACUUACCUAGUGGCACUUUGCCAAGCAAUUGACUUGAGGCAUUUGGAAGAAAAUCUCAAAGCCUCAGUUAAAAGUGCAGUAAGUUUAGCAGCCAAGAAAGUAUUGAUCACUGGCCAAAAUGGUGAACUUCACCAAUCAAGAUUCUGUGAAAAAGAUUUACUCACAAUGGUUGACAGAGAGUAUGUUUUUGCAUAUGCUGAUGACCCUUGUAGUGCUAGUUACCCUUUAAUGCAAAAGUUGAGACAAGUUUUGGUGGAUCAUGCACUGAAGAAUUCCAACACUGAAAUCUUCCAAAAGAUUAGUGCAUUUGAGGAAGAAUUGAGACUUGUUUUGCCUAAGGAGAUUGAAAGUGUUAGAUGUGAUUUGGAGAAUGGAAAGGCACCAAUUGGUAAUAGAAUUCAAGAAUGCAGGUCAUAUCCACUGUACAAAUUUGUGAGGGAAGAAUUAGGGGCUAAGUAUUUGACAGGUGAAAAAGUUCUAUCUCCUGGUGAAGAAUUUGACAAAGUGUUUACAGCUAUGAAUGAAGGUAAGUUGAUAGAUCCAUUGCUUAAUUGCUUGAAGGAAUGGAAUGGUACUCCUCUUCCACUUUGCUAAGAGGAAAAAGGCCAUAUGUUGCUCGGACAGUUCAGAAAUGUCAACGAGCGUGUGUUAGAUCCUGCAAAAGUGGUGCAUUUUGGAGGAUCUGAGACGGGUGCGAGCAACAUAGGAAAAAAGAUAUUUUCAUAUUGUAGGUACAAUACAUUUUAAGUUUAUUUUUCUAGUUUUGUGGAACUUCUUUUAAAUGGUUUGUAUGAAUAUUUGUGAAUCUUUAAACUUAUUGAUGAUAUUUUGUAUCUUGUUCUUAUGCAACUGUAUUUAAACUUAUGUGGCUUCUUUCAAGAAGAAAAUGGUGUAUAGAAAAUAAGAAGAUUACCUCAUCAAAUUAAAUAUCUUUCAUUGUCCCCA